CACAGCUGCACCAGUCUGGGCUGAGUCUCCCCAGACCGCAAGAGCACCAGUCAUGAGGCCCCCAACCCUCCUGCUGCUGCUCUCAGGGACCCUGGCUCCAACAGACACCUGGGCAGGCCCCCACUCCCUGAGGUAUUUCUACACCGCGAUGUCCCGGCCCGGCCCCGGGCAGCCCCGCUACAUGGAGGUGGGCUCCGUGGACGACACGCAGUUCGUGCGGUUCGACAGCGCCGCGGCGGGGCCGAGGAUGGAGCCGCGGGCGCCCUGGGCGGGGCGGGAGGGGCCGGAGUACUGGGAGGAGGAGACGCGGAUCAUGAAGGCCAACGCGCAGAUGUUCCGAGUCAGCCUGAACAACCUGCGCGGCUACUACAACCAGAGCGCGGCCGGCUCUCACACCCUCCAGAGGAUGUCUGGCUGCGACGUGGGGCCCGACGGGCGCCUCCUCCGCGCGUACAGUCAGUUCGCCUACGACGGCGCCGAUUACCUGGCCCUGAACGGGGACCUGCGCUCCUGGACCGCGGCGGACACGGCCGCUCAGAUCACCCGGCACCAGUGGGAGGCCGGAGCCACUAAGCGCUGGAGGAUCUACCUGGAGGACACGUGCGUGGAGUGGCAGCGCAGGUACCUGGAGCACGGGAAGGAGACGCUGCAGCGCUCAGAGGCCCCAAAGACACACGUGACCCACCACCCCACCUCUAACCAGAAGGUCACUCUGAGGUGCUGGGCCCUGGGCUUCUACCCUGCGGACAUCACCCUGACUUGGCAGCAAAAUGGGGAGGACCUGACCCAGGACACGGAGCUGGUGGAGACCAGGCCUGGGGGGGACGGAACCUUCCAGAAGUGGGCAGCUGUGGAGGUACCUUCUGGAGAGGAGCAGAGAUACACGUGCCAUGUGCAGCAUGAGGGGCUGCUGGAGCCCCAAAUCCUGAGAUGGGUGCCACCUCCUCAGCCCACUGUCCCUACUGACUCCAUCCUCCCCACUGUGAGCAUCGUUGCUGGCCUGUUUCUCCUUGGAGCUGUGCUCAGUGUAGCUGUGGUGGCUGCAGCUGUGAGGUAGAAGACGCGCUCAGGUAGGGAAGGGAGUGGGGAGGGAUCAUGUCCACUGGGAGCUUUCAGGCCACAAGUAGAACUUGCCCUAACUGGUAAUUGGAAGUACACUACAUGUAUUUGUGUUGCCCAGUCUGGAGCUGAUUGCUAGCCCUCUUUUGUAAAGCAUUUUUGAAAAUGAAUCACAUUGUUCACUUUGAUAAAUCUGGUGCUGGGGCCCUGAUUCCAGCAAAUGGUAGAGGGGAAGUUCCCUGCUGAGGGCAGACCCAGAAGGCAGUUGGUCACUCCCUUCUUAUCUCCUUUCUGAUGCGGGAGGCGAGAGGAUUAACCAGAGAGAGUGGGAAGCAGAACAGGGAGAUGACUGAAAUCCCUUGCUGAGGGGAGCAGUGGGCAACAGGAGAGGUAUGCUGCGCCAUGUGGGUUGCUUCUUGGCUGGCUGGGGAUCGAACUCCUGUUGUAGUGGCUGGCAGUAGCUUGAUAGCUAGCUCUGUCUUUAACCCCUGAGCCACCAGGAAGGCUGCGUAUUUCCUGGUCUUGACCUAAGUGUCCAGUCAGAGUUCCGGAAACAUGCCUGUGGUUCGCACUGGGGAUUGCUGUAGGGCUUCAUAGCCUACUCCUCCCUGGUCUCACAUGAUGCUUCUUCCCACUGGAGGAAAAGAAGGAACCUACACUCAGGCUGCAGGUAAGUGUGGAUCAGGUGUUUGGUCCCUGAGCCCCCUGGACAGUGUAUAUGUAGCAACAGAAGGCACCUGUCAUUGCACCUACAAGGCCCAUGGUGUCCCCUGCACACAGGAGUCUGGUGAGAUCAUUUCCAGACUCAUCUGAUUUUCAGCCUCAUUUAGGACUUUUUUCUGGAUUAUUCUGUCCAUCUUUUCCAACAAAUUCUGGUAUUACUAGAGAGGAGGAUUUGAUAUUUUCCUUAUGGAUUUAGAUAAGUUCCUGAUAGAUUUAUAUUUUUCUCUACAGCUUCUCCCUGUAACCCUUCCCUUAAAUGUAGUAACCCCAGUGGCCGUGCCAGUUGAGACCUGUGGUUGAUGGAGUCAGUUACCCUCAUAAUUGGCUGGAAAAUAGGACCCAUAAAUCUGGGAAACUGGUCCUCCCUGCUAGCCCAGGGGUUAAGUCUCAGCAUUCACCUCUGCACCCCAAGUUCAAUACCCAGCCAGGGAGCUAACCCACAUAUGGCGCAGCAGACCUCUCCUGUUUCGCCCUCUGCUCCCCGUGGCAGUGUAUUUCAGUAAAUCUGCCUGUUCUGCUCCCUACUUUGUCUGGUGAAUCCUCUCACCCUCCACACCACUGGCCUACACCCCAGUUUUGUAUGUAUAAAUAAUUAAAAAUAAAUCUUAAAAAAAACCUAGGAACCCCUUUUCAAAAGAAAUAUACCAGUGUAACGUGCCACAUUAGUAGAGACACUGUCUCUAGAAUGGGGAGGUGCUCUACACUGAUGACACAACCAACGACUGUUGCACCAGACGUGUGACUGACUGUUUUUGCAUCUAGGAAAACUGAACUAAAAAAUGCACAACUUGCGGCCUGUGGAGAGUGUGUCCUAGUGGGGAGGGGAGACUGGGGACUGUGUGACAGUAGAUCAGACAGUAAACCACGCGUGUCUGGAUAGAAGUGGGUAAGGGAUGUGGGAAGGUGACAGGAUGGUUUUCUUCCCAGCGUGGUCAGUGUGGGUCUCACUGAAGUGACCUUUGAGAAAAAGUUUAAUGGGCACGUGAUGUGCCACAAGGAUGUGAUGUGCAGGGAACUUCAGUCCAGACAGGGCAACCUCCAGUGCAGAUGCCUGAGCAGGAAUGUGUCUGUGUGACUGACAUGAGCAAGGAGGCCAAAGGCUGAGCAGAGGCCAAUGAGAUGGGACCUGUGUGCACCCAGGUCAUUCAGGCCUCGAGGAUGUUGGGAGCAUUUGACUCUCUUAGUAAGAUGUGGGGGUGCAAUACCUUCUGAACAGAUACAUCUGUGGGACCUCUCUCUGGUAGCCUCAGUCUGGCUGUUGUGCAGCAUGGAAGGGUGAGAGGUAUAAAGAAAAAUGGAGGAAACCAGUGCAGGUCCCAGGACAGAGAGGUUGGUGGCUUCGUUGGGGGGUGAGCAGGAAAAUAAUAUGAAGUGACAGGACUGUGCAUAUAUAGACAUGGACUUUACAGAGUUUCCUACUACUGGGCUGUGAGAAAGGGGUCAAGGAUGACACUCAGUGUCUCAGACUGUGCAGGCAGAGAGGCGGAGCCUCAGUGACAUGGGGAAGACCCAGAAGAACUAUAUGUGGGCAUCCUAGGCACUCAAUUUAGGAAAGUUGAGUCAGAUCUAUUAAAGUUGAAAGUGAUGUCGGCAAUUGGACAGACAAGUCUGGGGCACAGGUGAAAUGUCUGAGGUAAGAAAGAGAUCUGGGAGGUGAUGUGAUGUAAAUGAUAUUUAAAGUCUUGAGCAUGUAAGGGUCACCCAGAAAGUGAUGACUAAGCAAGAGUAAGGAGCAGAAUUGAACCCCAGAAUCCACAGUGAUGAGCAGUUGGAGCAGACACCCCCCAGAGCCGACUAUACAGUCUGACCCCACAUGGAGAAGACCCGGAGACCAGGGAGCCCCCACUUCAAUGAGCACAGGAUCACCUGGAUGCUCAUGAAGACUCAGAAGGUCUAGAACAGAGCCUAAGAGUCUGUUAUUUGGCUCCUUCCUUCACCCUAGGGAUGGAGAAUUUAGGGCUGAUGCUCAGGAUGAGGCACUUUCAUCCCUGGAAGCAGGAACAGAUAACAGGUACUCUGGAGUCCAAGUUCCCAUCCAAAAAGAUUGAGGGAAACUGUAUAAUUUGCCUUCCCAGAACUAGGGGAGCAACUGUUAUGACCUAGACACCUGGCUCUUCCCUGAGGCCUGUACCCAUAGUUACCCACCAGGUGGUCAGUUUGAGAACUCCUAACCUGACAGUGGACCUGUCCUGAUGCUGGGAGCACAGGGAACCCUGGGGAGGGCUUGGCUGAGCAGGAGAAAGGGCAGCUCUGGUCUCCUGUGCUCACCUGUGGCCACACGGGGGCGCUGCCGCGCUGUUCCGGAUUCUGGUGGAGCUGCCAGAUGGUGUGGGGUCUGAGUUGAGCAGAGUUGGGGGUCCUGCAGGGCGGUGUCCUGGGGCAGAGAUGCUCUGUGAGGAGUCAGAGAAGCAGGGCUCAGAGGAGAGGAGACUCCGGAGCCUGUCCUGUGUGUGAGGUUUCCAGGUUUCCUCCCCAAAACUCUUCUCUCUAGUCUCUUGAAAGCAAUACCUGGGAAAACUGGGAAAUUCAUCAUUUUUCCUACUCCAGCCUAUAACUUUGUUGA